GAGAGAAUAUCCACUGUGCUGACAGCAUGACUCGAACAGUGCAAGUCGCAAGUCAGGAUGUCAUCCUAUAUCCGGAAAUACCAGCAUGGUGCCGGGAAGGAUUUUGGAGAGACAAAAGAACGAUGGCGGGGGGCUAGCUGAAGCUGUUGUUUUUUAUCCUUUUGUACUUUCAAGCGUUAGCUUGCCGUUUGUAACCAAAAAACAAAAAACAUCCCCCCAAACCCAAAACACCCCCCCUCCCAAAAACAAAAAACCUCGGCCCAACAGGGGCAAGCCUGGCGGCCUUACCUGAAUCUGGAGUUACGGUGCGGCGGUCACGAAUGACGGAUUCUUCUGCUCCAUCUUUGACCUUCCACCCCACAAACCCUAGCCCCAGGAUGUUCAAUCCUCCCUGCAAUUCGCCACCCGACCUUUCAACAGCCCUCUCAUCCCUGAACAACCUCAUUCACCUCUCGCACCGCACCUUCUAUUCUCUCCCCUCUCUCUUGCGACCGCACUCACAAAACCCUAACCCCAAUCUCGUACAAUGCCCUUUCAAUCAUCACCACCUGAUGCCUCCUGAAUUCCUUUUUCUUCACUACCUCCGUUGCCCUUCCUCUCCUCACCCUCUCCCCAAUCCCGACGACCUCCUUCAUUCUCUCUCUUACCCCAAAACCCUCCAGUUCAAUGAUCGUUGUCGCCAGGACAACUGCUUCCAACAAACUCUCCAUGAUCCUCACGCUGAACUCUUAUUCUCUUUGGAGGAUUACGUCGACGUUGGUUUUAACUUCUUUUACCAUGAUUGCCCGGGUGUGGUUACUUUGUCCGAUGUGGAUGCUAUGAAGAGAACCUUUACGCUUCCUGGUAUAUUAUCAAUUGAAUGCUUUGGUUUUGUUAAGGCUAAUGACAUAGAGAUUAAGUAUUCUGAGCGAGAGCAUUUGGGAAUUCUUCCCUCCGAGUACUGGACUAUCAAGAAAGAGGUCGACGCUUGGGAUGAUUAUCCUACUACAUGCUCGCAUGGUGUUCUUCGUGCGAUUGGAGGUGUAGGAAUUACUAAGGCAUGUGAUUUCAUGAGAUGGAUAAUGGCAAAUUCGCCCAGAUAUGGUGUUGUGAUUGAUAUGCCUAUGGGACAGCAUAUAUUUUUACUGUUUAGUUUAUGUUUGAAGUCGAUUCUUAGAGAAGCUUUAAAUACAUUGGAUGUGUUGAACAAUCAGCUUUUGGAGUUAGAUUGCUCCGAGUGUCCUGUUUUGGUUCGGUCAUCGGCAUGGUUAACAUCACAAAUUUCAAUUUUGUAUGGUUCAACGAAGGGAAAGCUAUUUGUUCUUGAUUUGCUUAAGAUGUGUACUUUAGACGGUGCAUCAGCUCUGUUGUUGUAUACCUUUGGGAAAGCUGACAUUGAAGCCCCCCCAUUUAAAGAAAAGUUUCGGAAUCAAAAUAUUGCUGGCAUGGACAUGAAGGGCGCAAAAUAUGACAUUCUGCAAGAAGGAAAUGCACACUCUGGGCAGAACAACGUUGUGGAUGGAACUAUUUGUAGCUGUAAUGUCUCCAUAUCCCAAGUUGCAGCAGCUAUUGCAGCAUUGCAUGAGCGAUCUUUGCUUGAAGAUAGAAUGAAGAGACUGUGGUUCUCUCAGCAAUCAAACAAAUUUCAGCUGGUUGCUGAGCAUUGUUAUUUGACUGAGAAAGCGAAUGAGGAGAGGAAGAAGAGGCCUAAUUAUAGAGCUGUGAUUGACUACGAUGGGCUUCCUCGACAGCAAUCAUCUAACAUGGGAACAACCGGAGUGAAGACACGGGAGGAGUUACUAGCUGAAGAAAGAGACUACAAACGUAGAAGAAUGUCUUAUCGUGGCAAGAAGAUAAAGAGAUCAACUGUACAGGUGAUGAGGGAUAUAAUAGAGGAAUACAUGGAAGAGAUCAAGCAGGCGGGAGGUGUUGGGAGCCCUAUGAAGCAAUCUGAUGAGAGUGGGAUGUUGCCAUUGGAAUCUCUUUCCCGCCGUGACAUGGAUAUUGAAGCAAAGAUAUUAAGAAAAGGCAGUCGUGAGUCAUCUGUGGCAACAGUUUGUAAUCCAAGUCAUUAUGAACAGAAAUCACGAACUAUCUAUUGUGACAAAAGCAAAGCUGUCGAGAUCCUAGAGGAUGCCUCUCCUAGAGAUUAUGAACAACCUAGACAAGGACAUUCCAGAAAGCAUGGAUAUAUAGAAGCUCAUGGGAAUACUGUCCAUGCACGUUAUGGUAGAAAACAUGCUUCUGGCGGCCCUGAAGGACCAAAUAGUUAUGGCCCAUCAAAUGACAGUAUCAGUUGUCAUAGAAAACAUGAUUAUUCAAGGAGGAAAAAGUAUGAUGAGAAGUCGAGAUCCAGAGAUAGGUGGCAAGGGAACUCUCACAGGAAUCAUGAUUAUGAUUCUCCCUUGAAAAGGGCAUUUGAGGAUCGAUAUGAUCCUUCAGAAUCUCUUGAUCUCUAUGAAGAUAAUGUCUCCCCCGGUACUAAAAGAUAAACUGUGGUGACAGCCAUCAUGUACACUGUGUUCGCUGGAACUCUGAAGGGACAGCGUCCAGAGCAGUAAGAAGUUAUCUGGCUUCAGCAUAUGACUGUAUCCUCCUUUGUAUCCUUAACUGUGAAUUUUGUUCAUUUAAGCAAAUUUUGCUGUGACUUACGGUUUUGUUCAUUAUGUUCGUCAUUUUUUUCUCUUAGAGGGAAGCAAUAAGAAAUGGGAAUCAUAGCAACAAUCUAUCAUCAUGCAAUAAAUCUACGUUGAAGUUUUUAGGAUCAGUGGCGUCUUAGCUCAAUUUAUGAUUGUUUUACUUUCAUGUCACACAAAAAGAAUCAGUUAUGUCUUUUCUUUAUGAAUGGAAUCAUGUUGGACAGAAGUUAUAUGCUUUUUUUUUUUUUUUGGGUGUGCUGAUAUUCUUUGCUUUAGAUAUUGAACAACUAAACUUCUAACGUGUGUUCCUCAUUUUGUUGCUUUGGAUAUUGGUAUGCAACAGCAACAGUGGGCACCUGUAAACUUCAUCGUAUUUCGGAUAUCUUAGCGAGCAAUGAUAGGAAAUAAUAUGUACUUGCCUCUCCUUGCAUAUUUUGUCGUCAACAUUAGCUUGCCCGCAUCCUACCGUUCCAUAUCACAUGUCCUUAGACUACACUUCGAAUACUUGAUGCAUGCAAAAGGCUGGUCGCGUUUCGUUUGUUAGCCAGCUGUGAUUUCAUGGCAACAAAAUGAAUCUGAAACGAAGCGCAUGUUCCAACAAUACCUGAAACUGUGAUUAAUUUCUUGAAAUGUUUGUUACUUUCUUUUGCGUUGAUUUCUUGCUUGAUACAGGAUAAUCUUUCAAUUCUUCCCGUGGUUAACUCAGGUUUUUGUUCGCCUUUUUACCUUCAGAGCUGCAGAAAUCUUUCCUUUGAGUUGACUCGGUCAAUUGUUUAGUUUAUUGUAGACAGCCAGAAAUGGAGCUCGUGUUACUGCUUGUAUAACAUGCCUGGAGAUGGGUCUUGGAGGGGAGAUUAAUUCACCAUGAGAAAAUGUUCUUGAAUCAUGACUGCCUGAAGCCCAGGGUCUCGUUCUUGCCACCAGAGAUAAAACUAUCAAUUCUUUUGCGGCGGGACCACCCAAAGCCUUACUCAAGGCUCAUUUGCCUCUUGUCAAAAUAUGUUUACAUUUUUUCAUUUCCACCUGUUUUAAGGUAUUUCAGUGUGAAUGAAUCGUGUGCCCGGCGCUUUUAGCAAACACUGGGAUUUGGUUGGGUUUUUUUUUUUGGGGGGGGGGGGGGGGUUGUCAAACAACGGGCCACUAGAAGCUUAUUGCAGGAUAACAUUUUAGCCAAGCUGUGUGCAAGUUACUAACAGGUAAUAGCAUCCUUCCAUGCAACUUGCGUGAAAAGGCUUGGAAUGUGAUUAAAUCUAAUUUGGAUUAUUUAUAUUUAAAAAUUUUAGUACUUUUUAAGUGAUGAAUUUCAUUUUAAAAAGUGAUAGCUGAAAUUGUUAGAAAAGUGGUUAUUAGAAUCA